GGUCAGAGGCCGCUGGGCGGGCGCCGGUGACGCUCGCGGAAGCGCCCUGUCCUCCCUCGGAAGCCGGCAGGAAGCGGAGCGGCGGCAGCCACGGCCGUGCGCCCCGACGGGAGGGGCGCCGCGUCGCUCGGUGGUGGCUGAACCCCUGCGGCGCCGCCGCCGGCGGCCCCAUGAGUCGGGGGACUAUGCCCCAUCCGGGAGCGUGGGCGGACCAAAGUUGUGUGGAGAAGCCGGCUCCGGAGCCGGGGCCCUCGUCGCCGCGCAUGACCAGAGCCGCGGCGCCGGAGGGCGGGAAGGCAGCGGCCGGUGGGCAGCCGCGGGCGGCGGUGCGGUGUCCGGCCGAGCAAGAGGAGGACAUGUAUCGUGACGAGUAUGAAAUAGAAAAGGAGAAAGAAUUACUUAUACAUGAAAGAGGGUCAUCAGAACCCAGAUUAAGCGUAGCUCCUGAAAUGGAUAUCAUGGACUACUGCAAAAAAGAAUGGAGGGGAACUACGCAAAAAGCCACAUGUAUGAAAAAGGGCUAUGAAGAGGUAUCUCAGAAGUUCACGUCCAUAAGGCGAGUCCGCGGGGACAAUUACUGUGCGCUGAGGGCCACGCUCUUCCAGGCCAUGAGCCAGCCGGCAGCGCUGCCCACCUGGCUGCAGGACCCGGAGCUCACGCUGUUACCAGAAAAACUCAUAAGUAAAUACAACUGGAUCAAGCAGUGGAAACUUGGACUGAAAUUUGAGGGGAAGAGCGAGGAUCUGGUUGAUCAAAUCAAGGAGUCCCUCACUCUGCUGCGGAAGAAGUGGGCAGGCUUAGCUGAACUGAGAACUGCCGAAGCAAGGCAGGCAGCUUGUGAUGAACUGUUCACAAAUGAAGAGGAGGAGUAUAGCCUUUAUGAAGCUGUAAAAUUUUUAAUGCUGAACAGAGCCAUUGAACUAUAUGACGAUAAAGAGAAGGGAAAGGAUGUGCCGCUUUUCUCUGUGCUUCUCUUUGCUCGGGACACAUCAAGCGACCCUGGACAGCUGCUAAAGAACCAUCUAAACCAGGUGGGACACACGGGUGGCCUUGAACAGGUGGAAAUGUUCCUUCUCGCUUAUGCCGUGCGCCACACCAUCCAGGUGUACCGGCUCUCCAAGUACAGCACUGAAGAGUUCGUCACGGUCUACCCCACGGACCCACCCAGGGAAUGGCCGGUGGUGACCCUGAUCGCCGAGGACGAUCGGCACUACAACGUCCCCGUCAGAGUGUGUGAGGAGACGAGUCUGUGAGACGCACACCUGGAUGUCCCGGCAGCUGGGCCUCGGCCUGGGCCUUGGCCUGCUGGGCUCUUAGAACAACUUCCCGGCCCCCUGGGCCCUGUGAGCCAGGCUGGGAUGUCCUGAAGACUAGCUUUUGACUAGCAAGUUUUCCCCUCCUCUAGGAUGCAGUAUGUUUUAGUGGGGCCUUCAGAGCACACCUGUUGGAAGGUAUAAACUACAUCCUUUCCAUAAAA